AUGCCUCCGACCCUUACUAAGUAUAAAGCUGCUGUGGUGGUUGCUGAGCCGGGAUGGUUCGACCUGGACCUGAGUGUCCAAAAGACCAUCCAUUGGAUCAAAGAAGCCAGCAAGUCAGGAUGUAAACUGGUUGCCUUUCCCGAAACGUGGAUUCCUGGCUAUCCAUAUUGGCUAUGGAAGGUUAACUACCUGGAAUCGCUGCCUCUGAUCAAAGCAUACCGGGAGAACAGUUUGAAGGUGGACUCCGAAUUGAUGAGAAGCAUCAGGCGGGCGGCAAGAGAGAAUCACAUCUACGUGUCCCUUGGGUUCUCUGAAAUCGAUCUUGCCACUUGUUACCUGGCGCAAGUGCUGAUUGCGCCGAAUGGAGACGUCAUCAACCACCGCCGUAAGAUCAAGCCCACGCAUGUCGAAAAGCUCGUCUUCGGCGAUGGAACAGGAGACAGCUUCAUGUCAGUUUCAGACACGCAAAUCGGCCGACUCGGGCAACUGAACUGCUGGGAGAAUUUCAGCCCAUUUUUCAAAUCCUUAAAUGCCGCCUGCGGCGAGCAGAUCCACGUUGCCGCAUGGCCACUUGGCCCUGGAGAGGGCAGCAGGAAGGACCCUGAUCCGAAGACAAAUACCGGAGACGCAUGGGCCGACCAGAUCACCCCGGCAUAUGCCAUGGAGACUUGCACUUGGACUUUGGCGCCUUUCCAAAUUAUUAGCAAGGAAGGCGCGAAGAAGAAUACGCCGCCUGGGGUUGAGGUUGAAGCGAAUAUUGAUCAUUACAAUGGAUUCUCCCGUAUUUACGCUCCUGACGGAACCUGCGUGGCCAAAGCAGACAAAGACUUUGAGGGCCUCCUAGUUGCGGAUAUCGACCUGAACGAGACGCACUUGCCCAAAGCUAUCAACGACUUUGGAGGUGCCUACAUGCGAUCUGAUCUUAUACGGCUACUGGUGGAUACACGACGGAAAGAACUCGUGACGGAGACAGGUCCAGAUGGAAGCAUCCUAGCCUACUCCACACGUGAGAGGCUGGGGCUGCAUUUGCCUCUGGACGGGUCGGAAUCCAAGAAUGAGGAAGCUGGUCUGGUCUCCGCACUGAAAGGCGUUUGA